ACGAGCCCAACAAAUGAACAAGCCCUCCCGGCCUCUUCAAAACCCUAGGGCAAUUAUAAGCUGAUCUGAAGGGGAGGCGGGCGUGUGUGUGAGGGGGAGAGAGAGAUGGUGGCGCUGAAGCUUCAGAAGCGGCUCGCCGCCAACGUGCUCAAGUGCGGUGGCGGAAAGGUUUGGCUUGACCCAAAUGAAGUCAAUGAAAUCUCCAUGGCCAACUCUCGGCAAAACAUAAGGAAGCUGGUCAAGGAUGGUUUUAUCAUUAGGAAACCAACCAAGAUUCAUUCACGAUCUCGUGCGCGCAGAAUGAAGGAGGCAAAAAGAAAGGGCCGUCACUCCGGAUAUGGUAAAAGGAAGGGAACAAGGGAGGCAAGGUUGCCCACAAAGAUAUUGUGGAUGAGGAGGAUGCGUGUGCUCAGGCGCUUGCUGCGCAAGUACAGGGAAUCAAAGAAGAUUGACAAGCACAUGUAUCAUGAUAUGUACAUGAAGGUGAAGGGUAAUGUUUUCAAGAACAAGAGAGUGCUAAUGGAGAGCAUCCACAAAUCCAAGGCUGAGAAAGCUAGGGAGAAGACCUUAUCUGACCAGUUUGAGGCCAAGCGUGCAAAGAAUAAGGCGAGCAGGGAAAGAAAGUUUGCUCGGAGGGAAGAACGUUUGGCCCAGGGACCCGGAGAGAAAGCACCACAAGCCCCUGCACCAGUGGCAGCAGCAGCAGCACCUGCAACUCAACCUACCCGGGCAUCUAAGAAAGCCGAGAAAUGAGAUUUGCAGUAAUGGGAGGAUUAAUUACUUCAUAUGGUCUGUGUUUUUGGUACUGUUCCGGUCUAGUUGUUUUGACAAAAGCAAUUUUUGGUUUCAUGUCAUUUGGGUUAUUUAUGCAACCGUGUGGUUUAUAUUUAGAAUGCAGAAGGCUAAAAACCAUCGAGCUUAAACUCAUCGUUUCUCUCUCUGAGGCAGGUUAUUUCUUUCA